CCCUCAAACUCAACCAAUGGAGCCACCAUCCCGAGGAUUCCCCGCCCGUCUUGUCCCUGCCCGGCUGUGCUGCGUUAUGGAGAACGGAACGCCCGGAGAGUUCUAUUUGCGUCAGCCUCAGCCCAGCAGCCAAGGCGGGCAGCGGCGCCUGGAGACAUGACCCAGUACCUCGGGAGCUGCGACGGCAGUGGGGGAGACGGCCGGGUUCCCCCGGGCUCCCCCGCCAGCCCCGCCAGGCGCCGCUGUAAAUCGGUGGGCCGGGGAGACAGCGCCAGGGAUGGCAGCAGGAGUCACUGUAUUACUGACUACUUCAAAACUAUUCCAAAACCAGAUGGAACUAUAUUGUGUUCUCCUGAAAAAAGAAAUGGGAAAGCUGGGAUCCCUGUACUGCAUACAGAGCACCUAAGGAAAAGCAUAUCUUCUCCAAAGCAAAAUAGAAGGAAGAAAUUGUUGCUCACACCACCUGACAGAAGCCCUAUAAUUGAUGCUUUUUUAAGAAGUGCUAAGAUUGAGAAGGACAGUCCAGAUAAUAGUGCUUAUAUUGCAACAAAGGCUAUGUAUCCAAAAGUUGUGGUUCGGAAACUCUUCAGAUCAGAUGGCUCACCUGACUGUUCCAUAAUGCUAAAAGAUAAUCGUUGUAUGAGAAACUUCGAAAGGAGUGAAAAGUGUCCUUUUCGAACAAGAACACCUUUGGUAGAGAACAGUAGAGAAUGUAAAAUGGACUAUGUGGAUCCAGACACAACCAGUUCAGACUUGAAUAAAUGGGCUUCUCCAUCAGAAAAUGACAGCUUGAAAAAGGAGACUCUUGUAUCCUGGUGCCAAAAAACUGCAUGUUCUAGGACACUACAACCCAAUCCAAUUAGUUCUUCAUUUCAGUUACCAUCAUUAGAAACCCCGUGCAGAGAGAGACAACUGAAGGAGAAAAACAUGCAGUCUAAGCAGCAACCGUUCAGCUCUGUAAAUAAAAUCUUAGGGACUGCUUUUUCUAACCAGGAUACCCGAGAUCUCUUAAAACUGUCAUGCUCAGCUUCAUGGGAAUCUUCAUCAGAUGAAUCCUCUUCAGUACAAGCUUCAAAAGUUGUGCUUUCUUCAGGACGGUCCUCUGAUAAAACUAUUAGUGUAAGAAAAGGCCUUUCUCCAUCAACAUACUUUCACUCCAGGACAUCAUCAGGAAUAUCUAAACAUGUAGAACAUCCUGGGAAACGGAAAAGGAUUUCUUUGAAAACUGAUAUGAAAAAUUCAUCCAAGUUAAUUGCACAAAGAUUGGAUAAAUAUAAUUUUAGUAGUUCACUAGAAAAGCACAAUUCUGAGUAUUCAAAAGGUAGAACCCCUGGUGGUGAUGCUCAAUUAGAAGAUAUAAAUCCACCUGCCAGUGAUAUGCCAUUUUCAGCUGAAUAUAUUGAUGUUGAAGAAAAUAAAAACUCAUUGUUUUCCAAAGAAUCAAAAGACCUACUUUCUCGUAUGCAGAGUGAUGGCUUCUUUGAAGCACUGACAGUGAAGGUUCAUAAGAGAGACCCUCCACAUCAUAUGUCUGAUAAUCUGCUGCUUCCCUCAACUUCACACAUCAGUUCCUUAAAAGUGGAAGUAGAAAAGACUGGGAAGGAUAUCUCUACUUUGUCUGCACCACCUGAAUCAUCAUUUGGAGAUGGUGACAAGUUUCUUCCAUCAAAAGAUGGUAGUUGUGACAACAUUGCUAGCUCUUCAUGUGUCUUAAGUGAGCUACACAAUGAAGGUUCCAAUCUGCACACUUCUGUGUUAGAAAGAAGGAGCCUCUCUGAUAAUGAGGAUGAGGUCUCUGACUGUAAUCUGGACAGCAGUGAUGAUGAAGAGGAACUCUUGUCACUUGAUGAAAUACUAGCCCAGAGUUCCAGGCCAUCUCCAAAAAGCCCAGAACAAAUAAAUGAGGAGGAUACCCCAAACACCACCAUUCCAUUGCUUGAUGUUCUCCUUUCCAAACCUUCUGUUGAAACUCAGGUCUCCUACAUGAAUCGCCUGGAGCAUCUCUUGGAGGAGAAGGAGGAAUUUCGAAGGGUAGAUGAACUAGAGAGACAGCUACAGCAAGCCAAACAGGAAAGUGAAAUGAAUUCUCCAUCUGAAGAACUAUCGAAUGAUGGUGAACUGUCUACUGAACAUAGUGCAUUUAUAAAGAGAUUUUCCAUAAUCAAUGAUGCUAUUCCUGACCAACAUCCAGGAGAAAAUAUAUUUCAAAUAGCAAAUGCUGGGAAACUCUUCAAUCAGCAUAAUCUUGACCUGAGGAAUGUUGGAUUCCAUCCUCAAAAUCCUAUUGAAAAAUACCUACUUGGAUCAGGAGUAACGCAACAGCUUUUUGUAAUCCUUGAAGGCUUACUUGUGUCUGCUUACCAUAGUUCUCCUUGCCCUGUUCCCAUUUUGAAGUGGAUGUUUCAGAUGAUGUCAAUUCAUUCAGACUGCUCUGUUUCAAGAAAGAUUUUGCAUAUUCUGAUGACACUAACAAUUAAACAUGCUUCGUCUGGCAACGACCAACCAAGGCCAUGGAUUCCAACACUGCUUGAUAUAGCAACUGUGUUAAUCAAUGUGGGCAUUCCCUUUAGUGCACUUUUUCCUCUGUUGGAGUUUCAACCUCCCUUUACUGAAGGCUGUAUAAUGUCUGAAAUGCAAAAUAAUGUGGGGAAACCAACAAGUGAAGACCUUUUCGGAAACUCUGCUUCUUUCUUUCUUCUAAUAGAAACUAAUCUUUGCAAUAUGGCUAAGUUUCUGCGACUGUGUGUAAGCAUCUGCCCAGAAUGUUACACAGACAAAGAAAUAUUUCUGUUGCUAUUGCUGCUGUUUAAACUGAGUUUGGAAAAAGAGCUGAAACAAUUUCCCUUAGUGGACUUGGAAUGCCUUAUUAUAAAACUGCUGGAAAAUAUCAGAGAAUGGAAUACAAAGAUGUCUGAGUUAUGUCUGGCAAUAAGUGAUCUGUCCAGCCACCAUCAUGAUCUUUUAUGGUUGGUUCAGUUUGUCCCUAAUUGGAUAACACGUGGAAGGCAAGUAAGAAGACAUCUUAGCUUGAUUGUCAUCUCAAAGCUUCUUAAAAGUAAUGUGAACAUACCCAGUAGCCAUGACCAGCAGAUGUCACUUCUGUGUAGUGAUCUAGUGAAGAUGAAACCUUCAAACCUGUUAAAAAAGAGAAUAUUGGAAACUAUGCAGCAGCGAGAUGGUCUUAAUAGAGAGUCUCUUCUUUCUGAACUUGAACCUCAGGCCUACUAUCUGACCUAUGUGCUUCUUCACUUCGUCAGGGAAGCUAGCAAUUCUGAAAUUACAAAUCCCAGUCAAAGGAACUGGCUCUUGAAACUCAGUAGUACUCUGGAAAAGCAUGUGAAGUGUGAUAUUAGAGAAGAUGCCAGGCUGUUUUAUAGAACUAAGGUAAAAGACUUAGUUGCUAGAACAUACAGUAAAUGGCAGCAAAUUAUACACAGUUCUCAGCUGACUCAGGGUAAGAUUCAUGACUUUUGGGACCCAAGUUCUUAAAAUGGAUGGAUCAGGAAGAAUGUCAAACUUGAAGACUCUGACCAGGAAAAUAAGAGGUUGAAGACUGUGGUGUGGUCUAAGAAGAGGAAGAGAAAACCAUAUAAUCCAAACUUCAUUUCUACAUGGAUCAAUAGGAUUCACCUACUUUAACCCUCCCAAUAACUUAAAUGAACUAUUUUGAUAAUUAAGAAUCUUUUAACAAAUUCAGGUGAUACUGGGAGGAUAGCCCAUUUCAGCUUGUACAAACAGUGUCUUGUCUUCCUUGAGCCAGUUUGAAUUCGGUUAUUUUCCCAUAAAAAUGAAAACCAUGGUAGCCUUUAUUUUGUUUCUCAUGCCUAUUGCUAAUCCAGUAGAACUAUUCAUACACUUUUAUUCAGGCACAUAGGAGCAGGGGGGUAAAGAUGUCGCUUGCCCGUGGGGCCUGGAGGGGUGCCAAGGUGUCCCCUGCUGCUCUCCUACCAGUUGAGGCCAGAAGUGCUUUACUUGCAAUGGAGAAAAAGGAAGCAUCCUGCCAAAAAUACAAGCGCUUCAUGGGCUGGAGAGGGCAGGGCAGCCACCAUGCAUUCCUUCUCUGUGCUGGCCAUGGCCCCUGGGUCAGCGUGAUGUCACAGGGGGGAUGUGAUGUCACAGCAGCAAGGGGGGAAUGCAGUGGCAGUCUAAACCUGGGCUGCCACUCAUCAUGCGACACCUUUGCUUUUAUUAUGCUUUCUUUAAAACAAGAAUCUGGACUUGAUUGUUACCUUUCCUACCAUAAACCAAAGCACAGAAACAGCAAAGAGUAUUAUUUUGAUUAUUCAGAAGAAGCUUCUGUGCUGACUUUGCAAUGGCACAGUUCAUGUGGGUGGGGUUUUUGACUUAAAAAUUAUUCACAUAUUUACACUUAAAAUAAAAAGAAGCCUGUGCUCAGAAGUGAUGGAUUAAAUGCCUGGGCUACAAUACUAUGCACACUUGGAAGCCAGUCUCCUUGAUUCCAUUGAGGUUGAUUCCCAAGUGAGCAUGUGUAGGAUUGCAACUUUAUCACCCUAAGUAUGUUGAAUCGCUUAAGUAGUGGGACCAGUAAAAUUGGGGUCAAUGGAACUAGCUCAAGUCUUCAAAACGAUUAGCAGAUUACAUAGUAGUCAUCCUUGUCAUUGGAUUAAGUACACAGAAGUUAUAAUGCUAAUACUGUUGGUCAAGAGUCUGGGUUUUUGUGGAAAUGUAUAUAAACCUCCAUUCCAAGAAGAGUUUAUUCUCCUCCUGUGCCUGGACAUGCCACUGUUAAAUAUGACUAGAUACAUGUGUUCUAUUUAGAUUUGAAUAUUUCUUGGGUAAGUCUCAAUCGUCUGCUAGUUAACCAUUUCAUAUUCAAGUGACUUAGAUGUAUAUUCACUAAUUUAAAGUGUAUAUUAUGUGCGUUCCUUUUUGUGUUUACAGUUUCAUAUUCUAAACCAGUGAUUCUCAAACUUGGGUCCUCAGGUGUUAUUGGACUUCAACUCCUAUAAUCCCCAGCCUCAGUGGCCUUUGGUUGGGGAUUAUGGGAGCUGAAGUCCAAUAACACCUGAGGACCCAAGUUUGAGAAUUACUGUUCUAAACUCUUGCACUGCCAUACCUGUGAAUAAAUAAAAAAUUUUAGAAGCCAUAACAGAAAUUAAAAUGUAAAUAUAAUUAUGUAGAGAUAAUAUAAGUAAAAUAUUUGAUUUUUACCUGAAGAUUUGGCAUUGUUUUUAAAAACAAUUUGUUCUUUUCAAAUGUGAAUAUGCAAAAUAGAUUUACACAUCAAAAUACAUAGUGCCCUUAUGCUACUAUUCAAGGGUAUAGUUCAGCUCUGUAAAAUUAAUAGAUUUUGUCACUUAUUUGAAUCAGAGGUGGAUUGUACCCCAUGGGUGUGAAAACAUUUCAUAUUUUUUUAUUCUGUUCAGAAUUUCAACAUAUUGCAAGUUGGGAGGGAAAGGCUACCUCAAAGGGAGGGGUUUCUUAAAGGUGUUUUUUUUUUUUUUUUAAGUACAUACAUAGAGUAGAUUUUAUUGAUUCUGCAUUCCAUAGCCAGGAUCCAGAGUGUGCAAGCACAUAAUAUUUCUGCUAACACAUGGAAGUUACUACACUUUACUUUCCAGUUUCAGAGCUUUGCACUGUCCCCUGACCUCCAGAGGUCAGGGGUGGGGGCCUGGAGGAGCCCUGGUAUACUUGCCCCUGGAUCUUGGCCUGUAUUUAAAACCUCUUUAGUUAACUUGUACCUCUAAUAUACUGUUGUGUAACACUUUUAUUCUUCAGUAACAUUUAUAUUAAAAAGCACAGAAUAUGCCAGCUCUCUCCGUUGGCAGUUUCCUGUAUUGUGUUAAAAAAAACCACCAUUUGUACUGCUUUUCAAAUAUGUGUUGAAUUAGCCUGGUCCAAAUUUAACCCUUUUUUAAUGUCAUGGAAUUAAAGGCAAGAAUAAAGUACAAAAUAACCUCA